AAUCACAGCGAGACGACAGGCGACGACGGUAAUUUGAAUGAACACCGUGACGCAACAUGGGCUAUAAUUUCCCCAAACCAAACUGAUAGUGGACUUGCACUUGUACUUGAACAGAAGUAACCCCAUGACCACUGUGUCAAAAUAACUAAAUACUUGUUCGUUGCGUUUUGUCUUCUUUAUUGUUUCGAGCGAAACCCAUUGAACUUUUGAUGGGUAAAUGGGAUCAUCGUCCGUGGCGAAGGUUCUUCCGCCGUCGAAGAUCUCCGGUGCGUCCUCCGACAUUCUACGACAUCAAUGCCCCUCUUCCUGAAUAUUGGCAGGACGGAAUACCCUUAUGGGAGAAGAAAUACUGCACUAUAGUUGGAUUGGUACCAUGGCAGAAAAUUGUUGAUUCAAAGAUGUUUGUAUAUUGCCACAGUAAUGUGUUUGAUUGGAAUGAUUCAGCUGCUGAAGAAGCUUUUCAAAAUGCCAAAAGUCAUUACUGGGCAAAGAUCAACAGCCUUCCCUGUGAUAUUUCUCUGCCUGAUCCAGAUACAUAUAUUAAUCAAAUAGAUUGGAGUCCUUACAUUGAUCCGGAUCUGAUUAAGGAAAUAGACGGAGCAUUCUUUAUUGUGCCAGAUGAGGAACAAGAAAAUGCCAUGAAAAACAAAAGAACAAAAACUUCUCUUAAUGAUGAAAAUCCUUGGGAAUGUACUGAUACACCUCUUAGCACAGCUUUAGAAAAUAAUGAAGUACAAGGAUGGAACCAGGGAAACUCUGGAGAUGUGGAUAAUACUGACAAUCCAUGGGAGUGUAGCAUUACUUGUGGAAAUGGAGGAUUAACUGACAAUGCUUGGGAAGGUGGUCCUGUUAAGUCAUGGGGUUGGAAUGAAGAAAAAGGCCAUAACAAUCAAUGUAAGGAUUGGAAUUCUGGAAACUCACAAGAUAAAGUAUGGGGUAAAGCUAGGGACAGUUCUUGGUGCCAGCAGCAGUCAAAUAAUUUAGCUAACUUUGGCAACUCUUCUUGGCAUUGCAAAUCUAGUCAACAGAAUGUAACUCCAAUGAAGACAGGAUGGCGAAACAGAGGAGCAAAUGUGUCAGGAUGGAAGCAACAGGAAAAGGCUGGUGUUUCUAGAAGGAAUUAUGGAGGAGGGUGGACUGCUCAGAAUAAGGGUAACCAGUGGAAUCAGGGCAACCAGUGGAGGGAAGGCUCUCAUCGGCAUACAUUAGGCUAUAAUGGCUGUCAAUUCCAAAGGGAUGGUUGUCAAACAGGUCAUUACUGGGGUAAAGAGAGAAGUAAAAAGAGGGAUUUCUUCCCUUGAUAGUCAUUAGAACAUACCAACUUUUUGUUGUUUAUACUGGUCAUUAUUGAUAUGCCAGAGUGGAACUGUUUGUCUGGAUUUUGGGGGUAAGCUGGUUUUUCUUUCAAUAGUAUAUGGCAUUUCCUUUAUCCUUGAGGUUUAUAGGGUUGUCAUAGAGUAAAGGAUUACAAUACUUCAAGGUCCUCUUCCUAAGAGAUAAAUACAUCAUGAAAUGUGGCAUAUUUCUUUAUCCGUGGGUUGUAACGUUUAUUUAUUUCACUGGGCCUGUAUUCUUUUAGUCCUCUUCAGACAAAAUUGGGUUGGCCUCAUGAAUUUUGGGGUUAAUGGAGAACAUUUUUCAGUAUCAGAGUUGACACCACCACUCCAGAAAGUAGAUCCUACCACAAGUUUAUUCCUCAGCAAAGUUGGCCAGAAUUCAGGUGAUUUGGAAAGUGCUGCAUCUCGUUGGUGCUUGGAACCCUUGGCUAGAUCUUUGAGCAAUGUUUCAGGAAGGCUUCCUGCAACUGAACACCUUAUUUUGUUCCAUAUAUUUUUGCCAUCAAAUUCUCAAAUUAAACAAUGACAUGUGGGUUUUUUUCUUAUAUUAAAUAACCUACAUUACGAAUGUGUUAGGAUUUCUUUAAAAGCGUCCACAUGCUACUAUUUUAAUUGAGAACUUGAUGGAAAUGAUAUAAGGAACUUGAAAUUAAUUGUAUGUCAUUGACCUAAAGUGGUGUAACUGAACUAUGAACCCAGUCUGAAAGAUAGUUCACUAUUCGUUUAGCUGUGUUAGUAUGUAUGGAAACUUUCUAGAAUUGAAACUAUAUCUGAUGGCUUGAUUUGUUUCUGUUAAA